AUGUCGGAGCGCAUCGAGCAGCGCUGCUGCAUUAAGUUCAACCACAAGUUUGGUGAUACGCAAGUGCAAACAAUCCAGAAGAUUCAGCAAGCCUUUGGUGAUGAAGCCAUGGGAAUAACACAGAUAAAAGAGUGGUAUAACCGCUUCAAGCAAGGACAAACCUCAGUUAAGAGCAAGCCACUGUCUAGCAGGCCAUCCACCAGCAGAACCGGAGAAUUCAUUGCGAAUGUUCGUCGAAUAGUGGAGUACGACCGCCGUAUAACCAUCAACGAGACUGUCGGAGAAGUAGGAAUAAGCAUAGGAUCAGGUCAUACAAUUUUAACAGAAGAUCUGGCCAUGAUACAAGUGUCUGCAAAAUUCGUUCCCAAGUUGCUGGUGGAAUAA